UUGGUUUAAACUCCAACCUUCAUCACAGAAACAGAAGAAGAUUUAGUUUGGUUCAUAGCUUUUGUGUCGAAAUUAAGAUAUGGGUAUGUCUAAAAGAGUUAGCUUGGUGUUCUUUGUGCUGAUGCUCACCAUUCUGUUACCUAAUCCUAUGGAGGCAGCAAGGGUUAUGAGCGGACACAAAUGGAUGAAGGCGAAGCAAGAUAUAGCCUUUGUGUUGCCUAUUCAAGUCUUGCAGCGUGCCCCGGUGCCACCGUCCGGUCGCAACCCGUGCAGCACCAUUCCUGGGCAAAGCAAUGGCCGAUGCACCCUCCAGACGAUGAAUGUCGCAGGUGGCCCUGGCCGCUUCGUCCAGGCGCCGCCUGCUAUUCACGACCCGGCUCCCAUUGCCUCAGCUGCUCAAAGUUCUUGAUAGUGUCUUUUAAUGGUGGAACCAUGGAGAUUGGGUUCGGUUCAGUUUCAGGACGAAAUUCUUUUAUUUGGAUUGGGGGCAUCAGAAAACAAUUGGUUGCAACCCAUGCAAAUUUAUGUUCAUUAAUACUGUUUUUUUUUUUUCUUAUACAAGUCCUUUGAUGGACUGUGUUAUUAAAUAAAUGAUUAGUUCAUUCGUUAAGGUUAAAUCUACCCUCUUAAUUUCUUC